CGUGCCGCCACCGCCAUUUAAAGUCCUGCAUGCAUGCGCAGGAUAUUUGUAAACACGGGAGGGAGAUGAACAUAUAUCUGAGAGAUCGAAAGCGCUGUCAUAAUACGGCAUUUGGCCGUGCUAUGAGCGCUCAGUACACUGGAAAUGGUCACAGAGGUUUACACCAGCUCCCCUCGCACAUCAUUAAUGAGAUGGAUGAAAAUUACGACCUGCUUGGUAUUCUGGGAACUAUUCAAGUGUUAGAGGAAUACAGUGUGAAGACAGACUAUGAUGCAGAUGAUGGCUAUGAAACCAUGAAGGAUAUUCUUGGACAGCUUACACAGUUUGAUGCAAGGCAGUCUGACAAUGUAGAUGAGCUGAACAAAUAUGCCAAGGUAUUUCUUGAGUAUGGUGGAAUUGAGGUGCUGAUGAGGAUUCUCAUGCUUAGUUCAUCUUUUCCAAAUGAAUCUUCACAGAGCAAAGAAAUUGAGCCAUAUCUUCGAGUCAAGAGUGUGAUAUCAGAGAUACUCACCAGAAUGUGUAGUAGGGACAUAGGUACCAAGGUAGCAAAAGACUUGACCAAGAACCAUGACCUCAUGAACUAUCUGUUCACAUUGUUUGCUCACAGAAAGACUUACUUGACCACAUGUGAGCUUGUAGAAGAUAUGCUGCAAGCAAGAAGAUCGGUCUUUAAUCUAACAACCAUAGACAAUAUAAAAACACUCAUCCCAUGUUUAGAUGAUGAAAAGCUGGCUUGCUUCUGCCGUGUGUUGGCUAUAUGUAUAUCGGACUUGGACAUUUAUGAAAACAAAUCAUCAUUAUUUGCUCAGAAUAGACAAAAACGAAGUAAAGGUUUUAUAAACAUACGGGAUGUGAAUCAAGAUCUCUUGUUAGUUGGUGUCCCGGAUUUAACGACAAGAUUAGUAAAAAUAGCAUGUGCUAAGCCAGCAAAUACUCCACGUUAUUCUGGUGUUGGUAACGAGCUGGAUGCUUGGAUGGAGUGGAUUGAUAACUCAUUGUCUCAGCAUGAUGCGGAGAAUCCAGAGGAUGACGACUAUGAUGAUUUCAUUGGAGGUAUUUCUGAGCCUGUGGCCAUCGACAGUCCAUUCUGCCAACAGCCAGGAAUAAGAAUCAGCAAUGAUUUGGUGCAGAGAGUACAAGUGAUUUAUGUCAUAGGUCUGUUCUUGGUAGGCAAGCACCGGAAAAAGAUCCAGCGCAAAUUAGCUGAAUUGAAACUGAUUCCAGGUCUUAAUGAGCUAUUUGACCACUUUAUUUGGAAGUGCCAAAGUCAUAGAAGUAGUGAUAGACUUCGAUUACGUGGACAUAGUACAAGUUGUGAGUGUAGCCCUGAAGUAGCGCUGAAGAUCCAGUUCCUACGUCUAGUUCAUGCCUUCUGUGACCAUUCAGAAUUCAAGCACCUACUGCUGACAAAAUCUGAAUUGAAUGAAAUCAAGAAAAUAAACGAAAAGGCUGGUGCUCUCAAAGUAGCAAAUCUGGAUGAUACACAAAAAGAUCUGAUGUGUAAAGGUCGCAAGGGUCUCCUCUCAAAGAUUGUGGAUGUCAUGAAGAAGGAGCCUACUGCAUCUACUUUCAGAUUUUGGUUAGCACGGGCAGUUGAGAGUUAUCUCCGAGGUACCACUUCCUACUGUGAUCAAAUGUUCCUUCUUCGGCGUGGUCUGCUCCAGCAUGUCGCUGGCAACAUCGUGGAGCACGAUAUAAGACCGAAGGAAAUCCUGCAAAGUAGCUUUGAUCUGCUCGGCGAACUCAUCAAGUUCAAUAUUAGUGCAUUCAAGACGUUUGACAAAAUCUUGGACUCUGAUCAGAAGUUUAACAAAUUCAUUAACACAAUCAACAACAACUUGGUUGAUUCAAACAUGUUCAUCCGGAGCCUGAUGCUUUCAUAUGAACAUUUCAUGAGCAGUCCUGGUGAACAUAAUGACUAUGCCGUGCAGGAGAGUCGAUUACUUAAGUAUAUUGGUGCAUUUGAUCGACAGCUCGACUAUCUUCACAAACUCAUCAACACAGUUAAUGUCGAGGAACUUACACAGGAAAAUGUAAGUUGCCUGAACACAACACUGGUCUUCUUGAUGUUUGCCAAUCAGAAAUGUGAACUGCCAGGAUAUUUGAAGGGCUUGAGAGAUGAGAAAUUUGUGACCGUUCACGAGAAGAAAGGAAGCCUGGUAUUAAUGAAGAAUUUUAGGGGCUUGCUCAUCUUCUGGCAGGAUCACUAUCUGCACAAGGACAAGGAUUGUAGUGCACUUGAAAGGAGCUCGAGAAUCAGUUUCGAUUAUUGGAAAGCCACAGUCUCAACGCUAGUAUCACAAGACAGAGAUAAAGACACUGCCAUUAUAUUUUAUCUCCCGAUGGAAAUGUUGAGGAGUAGCUAGUAGUAGAACAACUCUAGGUUUGGAAUUACUGAUGAACUUCACGGUUGUCUCUCACCUUGGACCAAGUGCUCCGUGAUGCAAUGUAGUUGUCAGAACUUGUCUACCUGUUGUGAAUACCUUCAAGCACCAUCCAUUUGAAACUUUUCCCUCAUAUAUUGUCAAUUGCAAGCAGAUAUGUUCCAUGUGAGCUACUUGACAGGAUUCUUUUGAGAAAUUGGACAGUUUUUGAUGGACAUGAUGGAGCGUCCCAUUAAGUGAAUAUUAAUGUGCGGGCAAGAAGUACCAGUUUUUACAUUCGGCAUGUACACUCUUGUAAGAAAGUAAAAGGACACCAAAUCUUCCUAUACAUCUCAAAAACCGUUGGAGCUAUAGCAAAAGUAUUAGCCCCCAAUGUCAAGCCACAUGUUGGGCAUAGAACCAUAGUGUUUUUUCCACAUAUAUAUUGAAAGAAUUAAGAAAAAAAUUAUAUUUAACGAAAUCAAUUUUUUUCACAAUUUUUUACGAAUCAUCGAUUUCAAAGUUUCUUUCUUCAAUACAUUGUAUAUUCAACUCGUCUGACUAAAAAGCAUCUGCAAAUUUUCCAUUCUAAAAUCUGAAGAGAAAUUAGGUUUUUUUGGUAUUUUGUUGCAAAAUGAAUCCCACUUGUACAGUCAACAAGACAAAACUUCUGAAAUGGUCACAAAAGGAUUAUUUUGAUCUGGGUCUAACGCUAACACUAUAAACUUGAAACUUGAAACUACACGCACACCCACACACACAAACUUGUCAAAGGCGUCAACUGGGGACAUAUGCACACCACCUGCCAAGUGGAGACUUUUACUCUCAUGAGACUAUUUAUUUAUAACUAUCGAAUUCUUGGUAUAUUUCAUUGGUUGGAUAUAGAUAUAAGCACAUUUUAGCCAGAACCGUUUUAUACCUGUUGACUGAAGCCACAUGACUGUCGCACAAUCCUUAUCCCCUCUUCAGAAACCGGAGACACAUUAAUUUCUGCACUAACGAGUGCAAGUGGGGACAGGAAAUUGUAAGCUCUCGAGGUAGUCAAUUCAAAAUGAAUACUCCUUUAUAGAUCACAAAUUAUGAAAGCCUGAUGGUUUAAGGGCCUCAAAAAGUAGAAACUAAGCCUAUAUAGUACUUUUAAAUUGAAGUGCAGGCCAUGUCUUAAAUUUGAAGGAAGGUGUCCUUGACUUGUAGGUGUUGUGCGGGUGUGCAAAUGGUUUUCACAGGAAGAAUAUUAUGGGUCAUUAUUCCAAAACGAAUGCAGCUUCAUCAAUACAUUUAUCUCAAAUUACGCAAUCAUAAUAGUCUAAUGGUGUCUGGAGAUAUAUGAAUCACAGCUGGUAGUUGAAAUUGAAAUGCUCUAUAUCCCCGGUUUAAAGGUUUUUUGUGAGAUGUCCUGAAGAGGGGAAAUCCGAAAAAAGCUUUUGAUGAAAUCAUGGCAUGAUGAUACUGGGUCCCUAAGGACCUUGACAUUCUGGUAGGAUGUGACUGUCUUACUUAGGACGCCGAUGAACUGCCAUGAAGUAGCGGAGUUGCAACAUGCCAGAAAGUCGACGACCUCACAGAGACAGUGAUAUCCCAUCGACAAGGCGAUGGCAUCCUCAGAGAGAUAGUCAUGUCAGUCAUAUAUGUUGAUAUACAUGGACGACAGUGUCCUCAGGGAGAUGAUCAUAUCCUUCAAGUACGAUGUCAUCCUUAGGAAGACAGUUACAUCCUACAUUGACUACUGCAUCCGAAGGAAAACUGUCAUAUUGUUAUCUAUGUAUAACUGUCACAUAGAUAAAAUCAAAUCAAUCAAUACUUAUUCUUUUCAUUCUUUUAAUUCAUAUUCGUCUGAAUCUGAUACAGCGUGUAAACAUGUGUUUUCUCAUUUUGCCGAACAUUAUCUCGACCACCACAAUAGUCAUAUACAGGGUGUCACACUCUCCCUACUUUAAAAGGAGUGAGCCACAUGAAAGAAUGAGCCAUAGGUCAAAUUCGCCACCACGGGCAAGUAGAAGGGUAAUGGAUGUACGAUUUCAACGAUUAAUAUCUGCGUAAUAGCCUAAGAAAACUUCGUUUUUGGCUCAACUGUGAGCCUUUACCAUGACGUAGUAUCCUUCGUCCGUCGUUGGACAUGAUUGGCACGUUUCACCCAUAUUUCAACACCUUGUAAACAACAUUCUCGACAAUAAUGGGUUACGCUACUAACACACGAUAUCGAUUCUCGCUAUGUACAUUUAGUAAAGCUUAUGUUACUAAAAGUAAAAUU